UUCAUUCAUUGAGAGGGUGAACAGAAUUUGAUGUAAAUUUUCAAAUCGAUUUUAAAAUUCUUUUUCCGUCAGACAGUUUUGUAAAAAGUAUACAUUUAUUGAAUAAAUGUUACAAUUGUGUAAAAAUAAAAUUCCGGAAUAUUAAACAGUUCGAUAGGGAAUAGUGUAUGUGUAAAUAGUCAGUAAUAAAUGCAUACGAACGCAAAAGCAAUUUAGGAAAAGACAAGGAAAAAAUUUGCAAGCCAGCAAUAUAACAGAAAGGUAUGGCACCAGUGCGUCAAGUAAUUACUGCUCAGUCUAAUAAGGAAACAGAAAUGCAAAAAAGUAAACAAAAACAUUUGCAACAACAAGUGCAUACAAGGCGGCAAAUAUCAAGUCAACAAGGUCGCAGUAAUAUUACUGGAGUAAGUGGUGCAGUCGGAACAUUAGCAAAAUCUACCCCUACGGAUUUGGGUACUCGGCGGCAAUUUUAUUGUAAUGAUGAUUACAAUCAACAGACAGAUCGUGGUGCAGCAUUGAAAAGGCAUAGGGCAACAAUAGGGGCAACAGUUACCGGCGAAACAUUUUCACAAUUACCUAUAGAAAACAACGGAAAUUGUAGUAAAAAUCAUCUUGGUAAUAAUAAUACAAAUACAAUAACGACAGCUGCGGAAGUGCAACGAAAAAGACAACAUAGUCCAGAAAUACGAGCUCUUAGAAUAAAUGGUGAUAGAAGUCGUAUAGAUUGCGAUAUUAAUAAAAUUGAAACAGCACAUAACACACAGAAUUUACCUUCCACUUCACAAAAGCUUGAUGCCACACCAGCACCAAAGCCAACCGAACGUUCGUCCGAAUCAAUUAACUUAGCGGUAAUACAAAAACUUCUAAAUGAGCCACAUACGAUAACUAGGGCAACAUCUAAUUCGCUCAUCAAAUUAACCAAACCAAAUAAUAAUCCAUUGCCACCGGCACAUCUAUUGAAUUUCUCUACUAAUUUGGCAAGUAAAGCAAAUACGAAUAUUGCUACAGCAGCUUCCGCAUUAAAUACGAAUCCAACUACCUUGAAUAGUCACGUAAAUGCUGAACAAAUUUUACUACAACGCAUACAAUUGCUCCAAUAUUUCUUGAAAAUAACUGGACCAGCAAUAAACAGCCUUAAUAAGCGUAUGCCAAUUCGAAACGAACAAAAAAGUAUCUCUAAUAUAGCUGCAAAGCCAAAUUUACUAAACGCGUUAAUGGUAUAUCAGAAUAGAGCUCAAAGUAUGGAUCGUGAAGUCGUUGUCAAUUCCGCAAGUCUUGAGGAUGUUCCAUUGAGCGAGUUAAGCGAUAAUCGCGCACAGUCCAUUCAAUCGUUGCAUAGUGUUGAGACGCCCACUCCAGAUACUUCACCAAGUUUCGAGGAGUUGCAACAACGUUUGGAGAAUUCGAAUCGCAACAUACAAAACAUGCAAGAACAACAGCAGCAAUUGUUACGUUUGCAAAAUGCCGCCAAACAGCACUUAAGUGAAAUGGAGCAUUUACGUCAACAGGCAGGCACCUUAAGUUUUGGCGUGAACUCGGCAAAUGGCACGCAAACUGCAGACGGUGCACCCGAGUAUGAGUCCAUAGAUCAAGUUCACUCAGAUAUGGAGACGUUGGUUGGACGCAUGAAGAAUCUCACUACUUUCAUACAGAAUCAAAAUGAGUUAAGCAAUCUCCUGGGUGAUGAUGGUCCUGAAAUUCUCGCUGAACAAGAGGCGUUACAACGCAAAUUGGAGUCUUUACGUGCUCAACGUGAUGAUAUGCGCACGUUGGUGAGUGAAUUGCAGGACAUCAAUCGAACUGCCGAACGUAGAGUAGGUAUUGAUGCCAAAGAAAGUGAGCCUACCACACCAACCGCCGAAGAGUCGGUUGUAGUGAACAAAACGCCAGAGCGCGACGAAACCCACAUCACGAAUGGUGCACGUGUUGUUCCGGUCACCUAUGCGCGUAAUGUUCCUAUAAAGCUUACAAAUGGCAGCACAGCUCAAGCGAGCGCAGAUGCUCAUACUGACGAAGAUAACGAAGAAAAUGGUGAUCUAGCCGAAAAAGCCGCUGCAGCUAUGUUAAUACAUCAGAAAGUUGCCGAUAUCGAAACAAUGCGCAAGCAAUUGCAACGUCUGAGAGACAUGAUGGAGACAGUAAAUAUUAUUGAAGCACGCACAUCGCGCGAUGUUAACGAUAUUGGACGUACACCACCGCGUGAACUUCGUUCUCAAUCGCAAUCUACGGGCUCGUCUUUUGAACGCGACAGCACACCCGUUUCAGUAGUACCGGCACAUCACGUCAGCAAUGGAGAUGAUGGCGGUGAUGAUGUGUAUCUUACGCGAAAAAUGCGUAUGAUCAACGACGUAACCGCGGAUUUGCGGGCACAGGCUGCAAGUUUGCAGGCCGAACGAGAUCGCAUAAAGGCAUUGAAAGAGGAAAUUGUAUUGCGUAAACAACAAGCUGCCGCUGCAGCUCAACUGGGUGAGGAUGCAUUAAAACGUAGCAGUUUGACGCCAACACCUACGCCACGCUCUCGUAAGCAACGCGAAGCGGAUACCCCCACACCACCACCACCGCCUUUGCCAAAUACCGAAAGUGAUCAACUCAAGAGGGAAUAUGAAGCAAAGAAAAAAGAAUUUGAAAUAAUCUGUCAACGCCUACAACAAGACGGCGUGAUAACAGCCACAGAACCACCAACUAGUCUUAAGGCACCACGACGACACGAUACUGUUUCCGAAGCUGAUGACGAGGCCGAUGGUGAUGAAGAGUUAAAUGAUUCGGAUUUCGCCACUUCAAAUGCCACUUCCACGGGACGUCAAUAUUUCUCAGCACCGCAUCAACAGUCCACACCGGCUCAACAACAUCGCGCUGCAGCAAAAGCUGCCGUGACUGCGCACACACUCGCUACGAGUGCCGCAACGGCCAAAGUCAAUAUACAACACAGUCAUCACAAUCAAGGUCAGCCCAUAGGAAAGGAUGACAGCUUCGAAACGAACUUAACAUCAUCCACUGCGGGUGAACGUCGUCAUUCGACGCUGGCUAAUGCUACCAGCACCACACAGGAUGGUGCAUCGCUUGAGGCGGGCAGUGUACAAUCGGGUAGCUCACAGUUUUCAAUGCCGCCACAAAUGCCUGCAAUGGGUGUAUGCAGCAGUUGGCCUCCUCUCCCGCCAAUGCCCAACACUUGGAAUCCAACACUUUACUAUGGUUUCGGUGCACCACCACAUCCAUCAACGGCUUCACAGCCAAACUCAGCAACAACUACUCAAAGCGCUGGUCCCUCAUUCACUCCUGGCGGUUUAUUGCCACAAUCUGCCGUGAACAGCGAAUGUAUUUGCAGCGCGGCAAAUAGUGCUAGCAACGCACCAAUUGUUACCGGCCCGACACCAACAUCAAGCUCUACAAACACAGCUGCACAAUUGGCUGCCGAUCCGGUGUUGCUUCAGCAAUUUGUGCAAACUCAACAAAUGCUCAUCAAUUCUGUGUGCCAAUGUAAUCAAAUGUUGUGGCAUCAACAACGCGAAAUUGAUGCCUUGAAUAACACAAUACAUGUGUUACAAGAACGCUUGCUCGCAUUAACCGGUAGCGUCAACUCUGUACCACUACCUGACAUGCCCUAUACACUACGCGCUGAAUCGGUACCACCGCCCGGCAUUACAACUGGCACCUUACCUAAUAAUCUCUAUUUGAAUAGCACAAAUCGUGCACAAUCCGAGCAGCCAGCACUCUUUAUGCCCGGCUUAACAACAUCGACACGUAAUAGCGCCUUCUCCAAUUAUCAACGACAUCAGCAACAACAAUUUCAACAACAUCAGCAACGCGGCCACAUCUCAACAGCCUACAGCAGUGAGACACAACAGCAUAGCAAUAUUGCAGCAGCAAGUAGUACCAAUACUGGUCUCUAUAGCAAUUUGAAUAAUGCUGCACAAGCACCGCCGCCACCACCUAAUCAAGGACCAUCACUUUACAAUAACGAAUUACCACAAUCACCACCAAUACAGGGUAAUGCUGCUGGACCUGGACCGAUAUUUAUGCAUCAUCAUAAUAAUGCUAUACAUCAGAAUAAUGCCAAUUUACGCACACAAAAUCAUUACGCCAACAAUUUGCAUCAACAACAGCAACUGCAACAACAACAGCAUGGUCAUAGUAAUAUUAAUGUUGGCGGCGGUAAUACGUUGAAUAAUCAAGUGCCGCCGGGUAAUCGUGCCAACAAUUAUUGGGACAAUUUUCGAAGCUAUUCGCGACAGAACUUGCUGUCGACUAAUUCGAAUAAAAGUAAUGAAGAGCAGCAACAACAAAAUCAGCAACAACAACAUCAACAUCAACUCUAUAUACAACAACGUCUUAUGGACCAAUUGGAUGCGGCCGGACCGACACAUUACAGUUCCCAACAACAACUACAGCAACAGCAACAGCAAACGCUCCGUCGCGCAACCGCAGGAACACUGCCUACAGCAGCGCUGACAACGAGCAACUUACAACAAUUGCAACGCCAACAGCAACAGCAAGAAGAAGCAGUGCAACAGCAGCAGCAGCCAUGUUCAACUCAAACACAAACGCAGCUGCAACCACAGCCACAACCACAGUUGUAUCGCUCGUUGGGCGUCGAUAGCAAUAGCAAUAGUUGCAACAAUUUGAAUUUCGAACGCAAUGCGAAUGAGAAUAAAUAUCUACGCACAUUGCAACGCUCGCAUAUUAAUCGCUAUCAACAACAACAGCAACAACAACAACAACAAAAUCCUAGCUUAUCAAACUCGUUGUAUAGCAAUCACAACAAGCUGUAUCAGCCAUCAUCGUGGCUUCCACCUGUUGCGUCAACCGCGCCCGGCACCAAUUGCGCCGAUACGAGCACCGAUGCUGAUAAUGUCGAGCUCGAUGCCUACGAUAGCUAUAACAUCAUCGAUAGCGACUUGGCAGCGCCCUACGCUCACUUGAGCAGUAAUAUGGGCGCUAAUGCCAACAAUAUAUUGCGUAACAUGAAUGUUAACUUCGGCAACAGUCCACAUUAUCAACGCAAUAAGGUGCUGACAAAGCCGAAUUGUCGUGGCGCCGAAGCUAUGGAGCAACACAAUCCGAAUAGAGCAGUACUCCAGCAGCAGCAACAACAGCAACACCACCAACGCAUGUUGACGCAACACCAAUUGGCUUUACGCGCUCAACACCGGCUCGAUCAGUCCACUUUGCUGCCCUUACGCAAUAUGGCGGCUUUUACGCAAUCGCGUUACCUAGAUUUGCUGCCUGCAACAGUCAGCGAAGCGGUGGCCUCAGCUGAAGUGCAACUGCGUAAUCGCGAGCGUGUCGAUAUGUUGCUUCGCACUGUGAGUGCUGAGGAUGAUGAGGACGUCGUAGCUGCAUUGGCAACCAGUCGAAAUAUGGGCGGUCCGUACAUGUCAGCGAAUGCGAAUGACCUGCAUUUGCUGGAUAGCAACGAAAUCGGCAACAAUACACCGAACAUUGAUAACGAGGAUGCUGAUAUGGAAGCGGACGGCGAUGGCGAUGGUGAACUUGAAGCUGAGUUAAACGCCGAUAUGGAUGUAGGGAACGACGAAGAGGACGAUGAUACCACAUCCGAAGAAAUUAAGCGCAAUUUACUGGUUAAUGCUUUGAAAAAUGAUAAAUUUACGACGAAGUUCUACGAGUCCAUUAAAGAAGAUGUUUUCCGGCGGCUAGAACGUAUGCUAUUGGAAAAGGAGACAACUGAGAUUAAUGGCCGGUUAGCCGAUGGACAAAUUCGUAAUGGUUUAGCGGACGCUAAUGAUGCUUCCGCAGGAGCAAACGCAGCUGAUGGAUGUGCGGAAAUGUCGGGUGCCUCUUCGCUGCUUCGUGAUCCCACGCGUAAGUUCAAUUUGAAUGCGCGUAUGGGUAAUCAGCAACAACAACAACGCAUGCAGCAAUAUAAGCAGCAACAGGAACAACAACAACAGCAGCAGAAUACAGUGCCGUAUGAGCAUACCAACUUCGCUGCUGGACGCACAGCAAAAGCAAACACUUACGAAAACAAGCCGGCAUCCAAUGAUAACCCCGACGCAGAAGAUGAUCAGCACGCAAUGCCCGACGCUGCUGCAAUGCAGACAUAUGCCAAUAAUCGGCGAGCUGUUGAAAUGAAGGAUAAUGCUGAAGAAGAUGAGGAUGCGGCAAAUAAUGCCGACACAGAAAGCAAUAAAGCGGAUAAUGAAGAUGCAGCAGCUGCAACGGCCAGUGGUGGUGGUAACGCAGAAAGCGAACAGCCGGAAGAGGACGACGUGAGUUACAACAACAAUAAUAACAAUAACCUCGAUGUAACCAAUAAUGGAACAGCAACUGAUGGUACAGCUCAACCAAUAAUGGCCGCUCAAAAUAGCUCUAUGGAUGGAAAUCCGGUUGCCAAUUGGCGACAAAAUAUAUUGAAUCAUGUGACGUUAAAUAGUCCCACAGCACCGGCAGCGAAUACUGGCAAGAAGCUUAAAAAUCAGGCAGAGCCUGCCAACAAUAACAGUGGCGCAGGCGGUGAUGCGCAGUCCACUGUCGCCGGCAACAACAACAUGGCCGCCAACAAUAUGCAUUUAACCUACUACAGCGAACUUAUCACAUACAUAAUUACACGCAUACGCAACCAAACGCACACCAAUACCCAAAUCAAUGACACUGUGCUCGUCGAGAUCGCUAAAUUGACCGCUUGCGCUGUACAGAAGUUCACACCAACUCUGGUGAAUUAUAAAUCACUGUCCAUAGCAUCACCGGCACAUAUAUCACCCAAAAAAUUCUAUAUGAAAAUUAAAAAACUUGCUGCGCCACGUCAACGCGACGAGUUCUUGCAAUGGUAUCAAAACUAUUUGGAGAAUCUUUUUCCAGGCGCACGCUUAGAGGCGGAGAAGCGCCGUGCCGAUGAGUUGAGAAAUGCCAGUGCUGGUGGUGUUGCGUCGGGAGUUGAACUGGAAUUGCCACGCAGGUGUGAUAAAUUGGAGAAUCAACAGCAAGAACAGCAACGUCAUGCGCAGCAACAAAAACAAUUGCGACAACCACAGCAACAAACAACUAGCGAGAGCAGCAACAAAGAUAACAAUGAUGAAGAUUUGGCGGAGGCUGAUCAAAAUUCGGUCAAUAGCAGCAGCAAUUCUAGUAACAUUUUUUUGCUACCCCAAGCAACGUCCUCUACCCUUGCAUUGCCGCGAGAAAAAGAAUGUGAAAAUAACGAAAAUCCAGACGCCGAUGAAAGUGCUAUUGAAGUGGACCUUGAAGCGAACUCCGCGGGCGCUACAUCUAGUGGUUCAUACGACUUGAUGCCGCUGUCAGUUGCUGGUGCUGGUGCCGGUGCCGCUGCCGUCACAGUUACCGACGAGACUAUAUUUUCUGCAGUGCAACAACAACAGCAUCACAAUUUGUUACGCUUUGGUACAGAUACAGCAAGUGGUGGCGUGCCAGAACUAGAACCAGAUGAAACCGUCACCUAGUUAACUGCUGGAAUUUUUGUAAUGUUGCAAUUGCUUAUCGUUGCGCUGUUUACUCUCGCGAACUUGAUCCGAAUAUGAGCAGCAUUGGUCUUACUCUAUGACCACUAAAGACUUGCUAAACUAAAUUACGCAUUGCUUACAAAUUUUUGAAUAUUUACCCAAACCUAACGGUAACUGUAGUUGAGAAAAUUGAAAUAACUACGUAAAAUUAUAUAUAAAAGUAUGCAGAACUGUAUGUAGUCUGUAGCAAUUAUUAUAUAUUGUAUGUAUGUAUGUGCGUAUCAGUAUAUCUUUAUGUCGUGUGAUGUCUAAAUUUUAAUUAUUUAUAAUAACAUAAAAAAUGCUUUAUUACUUUUUUAAUACAUACAUACAUAUUUACUCGCACAUAUUAUAUUUAUAUGUAUUGACCUAAUUGAUUUUUCGUGGCUUAUACGGACUUGUGUGAUUGUACUCUAAUACAUUCCCGAAAUAUUCUUACUAAAUAUCUCCCCACACCUAUUCCACUAAAUUCACAUCUACAUAUGAAUGUAUGUCAGUAAGACUAAUUCUUAUGUAUGUAUGUCAAAAUUAAAAUUAUAAAAUGUAUAUGUAAAUUUGAGCGUAAAUAAAAUAAAUUAAAUCGUUCUGCAAAGAAAUUCCUCAGAA